AUGGAGUCUUUCUCAGAGCCGCUCUCCACACGGCCCCCACCUGUAGACUUCCGGCCGGCUGCCUAUCGCCGCCCCGCCCCCGAGGGCAGGGGAUGCUGGGAUCCGCCAAUCACUGGGCGUCUGUGGUAGGAGUGGGUGGAGCCUGAGAGAUUCGAAAGGAGCCCCACCCCCUCGGGGCUGAUUCCCGGGACCAAGUGGUGGGGAGGCAAGCACCUUCGGCGAGAGCUCAGGUCUAAGCUGACUCGUUCUCCUACCGGCUGGAACAUGGAAGAUUUGGAGGAAGAUGUAAAGUUUAUCGUGGAUGAGACCUUGGACUUUGGAGGGCUGUCACCAUCUGACAGUCGUGAGGAGGAAGAUAUAGCAGUGUCGGUGACUCCAGAGAAACCCCUCCGAAGAGGACUUUCCAAUCGAAGUGACCCAAAUGCAGUGGCCCCAGCCCCCCAGGGGGUGAGGCUCAGCCUAGGCCCCCUUAGUCCAGAGAAGCUGGAGGAGAUUCUCCAUGAGGCCAACCGACUGGCAGCCCAGCUGGAGCAGUGUGCCCUGCAGGAGCAGGAGAGCACAGGUGACGUCCUGGGGCCUCGCAAGGUGAAGCCCAGCCCUCGGAGGGAAACCUUUGUGCUGAAGGACAGUCCCGUCCGAGACCUGCUGCCCACUGUGAGUUCUUUGACUCGGAGCACCCCCUCCCCAAGCAGCCUGACACCCCGACUCCGGAGCAGCGAUAAGAAGGGGGCAGCCAGGGCUCUUCGGACAACAUCUGGAAAGAGGCCCUCCAGUGUGAAGAGAGAGUCACCCACUUGCAAUCUGUUCCCUGCAUCCAAAAGCCCAGCAUCUUCUCCUCUUGCCCGAUCCACUCCUCCAAUCCGGGGCAAAGCUGGGCCCGUUGGGAGAGCAACAGCAAGCCCGCCUACCCCUGUCAGACCAGUCUUGGCCCCACAGCCUUCUACCAGCAACUCUCAGCGACUCUCUCGGCCACAGGGAGCAGCUGCUAAGCCUUCCAGUCGACUGCCUAUUCCCUCAGCCAUCCCCAGGCCUGCCAGCCGAAUGCCACUCACCAGCCGGAGUGUACCACCCAGCAAAGGUGCCCUGCCUCCAGCUUCUCUGCCAACUCGGAAAGGACUUCCACGACCAAGCGCCGCAGGGCACAGAGUUCCCAUUUCCCAGCGACCAAAUCUUCCGGUCCCUGGUGCCACUCGAAGCAAUCUGCAGCCCCCCAAGAAGGUUGCAGUCCCAGGACCUACCAGGUAAAGAGAUCAGGACAGCAAGCAAGAAUUCAGUAGCAAACCACUACCGUCACUGCCUGGACUCACCUCUACUCGGCCUCCCAAGCCCUCUCAUGGAAGACAGGCCCUGACUCUAGCAGAUUCUGGCCCGGGAGCAGGAGAAAGAGAUGACACCAGGGCUGGUGGCCCAAGAGUAAAGAGAUGGGAGAUGGGGUGGAUUAGGGCUGAGCUGGAGGGGAAUCAAACCCUGUGGGUUGAAAGAGGAUUAGGGAAAAGAGGUCACCUCCUGACAGUGAAAUUAACAAGCAGAAAAUGAGAAAAGCCAGAGAGUAGCCAGCCCCGACUCUUGUGUUUAGUCCCAGAGGGUUUGAUCUUCUUCCCAGGCAUUGGUUCACUGGGCAUUUACAUGUGAAUGGCCUCCUGCUCUCUGAGGAGGAGCCCUGAAUUACGUCCAGGACGCAGGCCUGUUUGGAGAGACAGAGGCAGGCACAUGGUCUCCAGAACUUCUUUCCUGUAAAUUCUCUGACUCUUAAGAGGCCAGUUGAUGAUAAGCUUACAUUGGUCAGUGUUUUUCUAAAAUAAAAUGAAUGUAUUUUUCUAAUCUCUGUACAUGUGAAAGUAAAUUCUCCAAUUUCACACAGAUUUGUAGUAAACUCCUGUAUUAUUCCGAUGACGGAGCCGCGACAAGCUUCCCAGACCAGGGCCUAAUUAGGCUGAAGGGGCUUGUGAUUCGGGACCACCCACCCUCCCUGUGUUGGCACUAGAUGGGAACAAGCUGCCUUCUUCCGGGAUACAUGUGUUAAUGAAAGGUCCAGAUCAAGUGAAAUAUGUGAGUGAGGCUAUCAAGGCAAGGUCUUGGUCAAGUUAUUAUCUAUAUCCUAAGCUUGGGUGUCUUUCCUGGCAAGAGCAUGGAGCCUUCUGAGAAUGCCCUCAGCAUCUGCUCUGCUGUACUGAUGAGAUGAGGGGACCCUUUGGUGGGUACCCUGGUAUUCAGUUUUGCUGACUGCUUCAGCAGAAGAUGCUGGAACACCUCAUCACAUUCUGCCUUAUAUCAUUAGAAUUGGUGGUCCUAGACUUGAGGGCUGACACCUUUGUCUUACAAACCUCUGCCGUGCCUAGUGUUAUGAUUUGUAUGUGGCAGAGAAUUUCAUUCAUUUGUUGAAAAAAUAAAUUUGAGUGCAAGGGAGGGGGGGGUUGGUGAACGAAUGACAGAGACUAACAGAUUUCACUAAGGGUCCCCCUUUUCUCACAGCCUUUGACUCUUGAAACCAGAACCAAUUCAAUUCCUUGUUGGGUUUUUGGUUUUUUUUUUUAGGAUUUAUUUAUUCAUUUUAGAGAGAGAGAGCCGGGAUAGGGGGCAAGUAGGGGCGGAGGGAGAGGGAGAGUCUUAAGCAGACUCUGCUCUAAGCAUGGAGCCCGGGGCGUGGCUCAACACGGGGCUCGAUCUCACGACCCCGAGAUCACAACCUGAGCUGAAACCAAGAGUCAGACGCUAAACAGACUGCACCACCCAGGUGCCCCAAUUCCUUGUGAGUUUUGAGAGAACUUCCCUCUUUGAAGGCUGGGCUAUGACUUAAGGAAGGCAGUAGGCGACUGAACAGAGGGAGUGGAGUGUCAGCUGGUGCCCCCCGCCCCCCCACAUAUAGAUGCCCAUCAGCACCCCACUUAGGCAUUAAAAUGUCCUUUCCCAGACAGAGGCCCUCCACUGCUGUCUCCUUUUUAUGGCUGAUCUUCAGGUUCAAUGAACAUAUUGACUUUUAUUACAGUGGCAGCCGCCUAGGCAUUCGCCUCUCUCCCUGAGCCUCCUACAGCAACUCCUACAGGCUCUGGGAGUCUAAGAAUUGAGCUGCGGGAGGGGAUGCGGAAAGACACCGACUAUUUGGCUCUGGAGAAAUUUGGCAGAGGCAAGAAAACCUCAGGUGUGUUCUCCAGCUGGUGAGCAGGGCCCUUGGUGACUCCCCAGUGGGACCGAAGCUCUGGAAGGCCGGCGCGCCUAGGCAAGCUCUGAGGUGUGGCCGUCAGAUGGCACGUGUGUGUGGCUUGGGAGGCAGACCCGUAUGCUGUUGCCACCUGGUGGCCAGAAAGGACAAGGCAUGUUCCCUUUGCCCUUGGUCAGUCUUGAAUUUCAUAACCCCCACCUGCCCUGCCCCCAUCCUGCUCCAAACCUGCUUAAGCAACGUCCAGUAGACCUUGCCAGCUAGGGAGGAGGCCCCCUGCCACAGCGGCCCUUCUUGCUCGGCUACCUGCUUACUUCCUUCCCUUUGGGGCUGGCUAUUUUUCUCUGCACUCUACCCCCACCCCUCCCCAGGAGCAACAAUGCCGGAAGCCAACAUUUACUGGCCUCUUAACUACGCACUGCGAACUGUUCGAAGCACUUUACAUGUGUUAACUCAUUUAAUUCUCAUAAAAGCUCAAUUAGGCGGAUGCUAUUAUCAUCCUCAUUUCGCAGGCAGAGAAACUAAGGCCCGGAGAGCUUAGGUCACUGGGUCUGGUUCCAAGGUAUGUGCUCUUAAUCACUACCCUCUAUGGCCCCCAUGUUAACUCCCCGGCUAGUUUGCUGAACAGACCUUUGAAAAACACAAAACUUGGGAAAGGAAGUAAUGUUGCAGAGCACGGAGGUGGCUUGAGUGUGAAUUGUUGCUUCAUUUCUGAUGGGAAAACACACACAAUGACCCAGAGGAGUGGAGUCAGGAGGUACCUCGUCACUGAGCCACUCAGCCACCCUGCCCUCCCUGUCUCCUGAAUUCUGUCCCCAGGACUCAGCCCUAAGGGGCUGGCCUGGAAACCUGCCUUCUCUUUGCAGCCUCCCCAGGGACACAAGUCCCUGUUGUCCUGAUGAAAAGGAUACUCUCCUGCCACCUGCCACAUCUUCUUUGGACGUGCCAGGACAUGGGCUCCGAGCUGAUGAGGCUAUUCGGGGAGCACUGCUGGGAUGCUGGUAGUGGGGGCUAGCUCACUGGCCACUUGACAUCCGAGUCCCCUGACUUCCUGGCCCUCCCACGGCCCUCCCUGCUCUUGUUUUCCAGAACCUCCCUCUGGAAGCACAGGGCACCCACAGAAGCACAGGAUGACAGCGCUCAACCCGCACAGAACUAUAGUUUAUUCAGUAGUAUGGGGAAAUGAAAAAAAAAAAACAAACAAACACAAAACCCUACUGUAUUUACAGUAACAAUCAAACUGUACAAUCUGAUGGUUAGUAUCAAGUUAGCAUCCAGCAUCUUUGUAUUUUUUUAAGUCAAGUCAUCAGUAGUUAAAAACCAGUUAAAUUUUUAACCCUUUGUAGGAAUUGCUGAGGGGAGAGUUCAGGGGGCGAAUCCAUGGCAGAAAAGCCGGUAACCAGCCUUACACAUGAGAAACAGGAACAUUUUUUUUUUUUCCCACCCAUAGCCUCUUUUUCUAGCCACCUGCUCCAGAGGAAAGUCGGUGACAAGUGGGGAAUACAUGCUCAGCGUACAUGGGAACUCAAACGAACAGCGGUUGGCAACACUGAGGCGGCGGGAGGAGAGGAGGCAGGAGAUGAGAGCCUGGAGCAAAGGGAAGGGCCUCAGGCCCCCGCGCCAGGACUGCUGGGUGCCCACCCAACCCGUCACGGCCACAUCAGACCCCCUGGGACCGGACACGAACCCAUCCCAACACAAAAAGCAAAUAAAUAAAAAUAUAUAUUAA